CGCAGAAUAUGUGCGACUAAGGGUGUUGGGUUUGAAUGAGUUUUGGUGAUUUUUAGUUCCGAAAUAAGAAUAACAAAAGUGCUAUUUUAGUAAUAAAUCGAUUAAAUGGACAGUCGUUUGCAGGAGAUACGAGAGAGGCAGAAGCUGAGGCGGCAGCUUCUUGCACAGCAGCUCGGUGCAGAAAGUGCAGACACCAUCGGCGCCGUUCUUAACAGCAAGCAGGAGCUAAAAGAGAUCGAGGAAACCAGAGAGACCUGCAGAGCGUCGUUCGACACAACAGUACCCAGCUCUAAAAAGAAAUGCCUAAACGAAGGUGAAGAUGCUGAUGAGGACGUGGAGGAACAGAGGGAGGACGUUGAGCCGCAGCAGCAGGAGGAAAGCGGCCCGUUCGAAGAGGUCUACAAGGACUCCAGCACCUUUCUGAAGGGCACCCAGAGUCUGAACCCUCAUAAUGAUUACUGCCAGCAUUUCGUGGACACCGGUCACCGGCCGCAGAACUUCAUCAGGGACGUUGGCUUGGCCGAUCGAUUUGAGGAGUAUCCUAAACUCCGAGAGCUCAUCCGACUCAAAGACGAGCUCAUCUCCACGACCAACACUCCUCCCAUGUACCUGCAGGCCGACAUGGACACGUUCGAUCUGAGGGAUCUGAAGUGUAAAUUCGACGUGAUCCUGCUGGAGCCUCCGUUAGAGGAGUACUACAGGGAGUCGGGAAUCAUCGCCAGCGAGCGCUUCUGGACCUGGGACGACAUCAUGAAGCUGGAGAUCGAUGAGAUUUCUGCCCUGCGCUCUUUCGUCUUUCUCUGGUGUGGCUCGGGCGAGGGGCUGGAUCUGGGCAGGAUGUGUUUAAGGAAGUGGGGUUUUAGGAGAUGUGAGGACAUCUGCUGGAUCAAAACCAACAAGAACAACCCGGGCAAGACUAAAACUCUGGACCCUAAAGCAGUCUUCCAACGGACCAAGGAGCACUGCCUGAUGGGUAUUAAGGGCACGGUGCGGCGCAGCACCGACGGUGACUUCAUCCACGCCAACGUGGACAUCGACCUGAUCAUCACAGAGGAGCCGGAGAUGGGAAACAUCGAGAAGCCGGUGGAGAUCUUUCACAUCAUCGAGCAUUUCUGCCUGGGGCGUCGACGCCUGCACCUGUUCGGCCGCGAUAGCACCAUCCGCCCAGGCUGGCUGACCGUCGGACCCACCCUGACCAACAGCAACUUUAACGCUGAACUCUACUCCUCCUACUUCACCUCCUCACACCUGUCCGGCUGCACCGAGGACAUCGAGAGGCUCCGGCCCAAAUCCCCGCCGCCCAAGGCCGAUGGGGGCAGAGGGGCUCCCCGCGGUGGGCGGGGCGGUGUGCCGGGUGGGCGGGGCGAGCGCGGGCGGGACAGGAGCCGGGCCGGCUUCCGCGGGGACCGCGGCGGGUUCAGGGGCCGCGGCUUACCCCAUCGAGGCUUUCCUCCCCGGUAGACGGGGACGAAGCUUUUACGCCCGUUCUGGUUUUAUCAAGGACAGAUGGAGUGUUAGCAGUGACAUUUUUGUACUUUGUAUUGUUUUUAUUCAUUCUUUUAGUUAACAGCAGCAAACUGAGUCCCAACUGAGUCAUUUCCAAUUCCCCUUCUGGACGAGGAGCGCAGUAGACCAUCACCCCCCACUUUUGGGUUCCUGUUAAGCUCCUCGUGACUCAGAUCAGGGCGAGACCCGGUCCGACCCUCCCUCAGACAGACACGGGCGAUUGUGCUUGUGUGGGGCGCCCGGCCAGGUCGGCAUCUCUGCUGAGAUUCGAACCCCCGAGCAUCUUAGCAAAGUCUGUUUUAUUUACCUGUUCUUUAGUUAAAUUCUGUGUCUGAUCAUUUUUUGUUCAUUUUUUUUUACUGCUUGUGUGGAAUCUACACAACCAAACUCGGCGUCUUUAGUAAUAAAAACGACUUUUUUUUUA